GUCACAAGACACAUAGUUGAGCACAAAUUUUUGUUUUUAUUUAGCAAAUGUUCUCAUUUCUGAUCCUUACGUGGUUUUUCGGAGGAUCAGGGAUGAGUUUGGUCUUUUAGGUCAGAUAUUCGCGUGGGAUUAAUUGGGUUUUUCCUUCUUUUCCCGAUGGAAGCAGAAACAUUCUCUGACAUUAGAGGUCAGCCCAUUACUCUGGACUGUCAGCGGCACUCCAGCUUCUGCUCGGAGUUUACCGUCAGCUCCCCCAAAGUGUCCAUCGGGAAGGUGAUGGCGUACACCUGCUCCGUGUGGCUGCUAGCUUACUUUCUGUUCUUCUUCACUCAGAACACGGCCGUUCUGUCCAGUGCCAUCCUCGUCACUUUGGUCGGCAUGGUUCUCCACAUCCACUUUGUGAAGGUCGACCACGAGUCUCUUCUCGUCAUCGGGUCUUUGGGCAUCCAGGUGUCUUCUAGCUACGCCUCGGGCCGCGAGAUCACUUCCUUCAUAGAGAUGGGCCGGAUCAAAGACAUCGUCAUCAAUGAAGCUGUUUACAUGCAUCAGAUCAUCUACCACCUGUGUGUUCUGCUGAGGGAGCCUGCAGAGUCUGACGCGGUGGCAGGUGUGGUGCCUUUGUUUCAGAGCUCCAAGCCGAGACUGGAUUGUUUGGUAAAAGUUUACCGGAGCUGUCAGGAGAUCCUGUCCAAGGUUCCAUGAAGCUUCAAGAGGACUUCUGUCUGGACAUGCUCUUUGCUUCUGGUACUUUUGGACUCAUUCUCUCUAAAUUGGACUGAAGAAGAGGAAAUUGUUUUUCUGUGUUCCAAAUGUAAAUAAUAAUAAAAAAAUUUUGUCCCCGAUA